AUGACAGCGUCCUUACAAGUUCAACACCUCCCUACCAUCUGCUCCAUUACAAACUGUACCAUUCCCUCGCACACAGAGCCGAGCAGGCAGCCACUAUCACUCAGCCGUUCCCUGGAGUGCUUUGGUCAGCCAGCAGACGCCAUCGCUGCCAUCCGUCCUGGCUUCCUCAUCGCUCUCCUCUGCCACAUCACCGAAUGCCUACGAGUGUAUGGCCAGCACGAGAUAGCGUGCACUUCUGUUAUCUCGUUUGGGCUGGCCAGACUCUCCCUCCACCUGGAUGCACUCGAUGUGGGCAUAUUUGUGCAAUGUGUUCCGGUGUCCAGACAGGUCUGGUCUCAUAUCCCCUAUUCUCUAGACUGGAGAGACUAA